CACACCUUUUUCACUUCAAAAUCUCCUCUUUUACAUAAUUCUUCAUCAUUUUGCUUCAAUCAUGGCCGGAGGAAAGAAGACAAAGGCUUCCAAGGAGAAGGGCAACGCCGAAGCUACGACCUCUGCGCCCUCGCCGUUUCCCUACCUGGACGGCUCGUUUCUUGAGUUCGGGUCGGAAGAGGAACUCACACGGUUUCUCUCGUACUUCGCCAAACGUCCUAUUUCUCCGCCUAGGAUACUGCCCGAGUUAUACCCUCAACAAAAGGGGUACCACGACCUUGACAAUCAACUCAAGGAGUCGGGUUUGUGGCCCUUUGUCUCCAGGAGUCGCACCACCUUCAAUCCCGCCUAUGUUCGGGCCUUCUACUCCAAUCUCCGCCGAGACGGGGACACCAUCCGGAGCAGCAUCAACCUCCAUGACAUAGAGUUCGACUUAGCCACUUUUGCUCGGGUCGCAGGGCUGCCCACCCGCGGUGACGACAUCGCAUCAUAUGGCGGCGAUGAUUGGAUCCUCAACAACGAGGCGGUGGUCAUCCGAGAGCUGGGAAUCACCAACCUCGUCCAUCACAGCGGCGCACCGACGAUUCACUCGGCCCCACCGGAGAAGCGCCUCCUCCUCUACAUUUUCACCCGGAUCCUCCACCCCCGGGAUGGCAGCCACACCUCGCUCUUCAACGACGACUUGAGGGCAAUUCAUGCGAUCAUGCACGGCGCCUCCAUCAAUUGGGCAAAAUACGUCAUGAUUCACAUGGCUGAUUGUGCCUCCAUCACCUCCGAGCAGAGCUUGCCCUACGCCUUCCUCGUCAUGGACCUCAUCGUCUCCGC